CCCUCCCCGCCUUCCCCUCCCUCUCCCCGCAGCCGCCGAGCCCGGUCCCUGCGCGCCCGCAGCCUCCUGCUGGGGGCCGCCGCCGGCUGGCGCUGCCCGAGCUGUGCCGAGCCGUGCCGUCCCGGGGGCAGAAGUUGUGCGGAGCGCCCAGGAUGGGAGCCCGGCUGCAGCCCCUGGCCCUGCGGCUGCUGGCACUGACGGUCCCCUUGGUGGCGAAGGGGUUCUCGGACGAAACCCUGGAGAAAGCCGCGAAAUCCGAGGGAUACUGCAGCCGGAUCCUGCGAGCCCAAGGCACCAGGAGGGAAGGGUACAAUGAAUUUAGCCUCAGGGUGGAGGGCGAUCCAGAAUUUUACAAGCCUGGGAACAGUUACCGGGUGACACUUUCUGCUGCCACUCCUGCAUACUUUCGAGGAUUCACGUUGAUUGCUCUCAAGGAAGGAAAAGAAGGUGACAAAGAAGAAGACCAUGCAGGAACUUUUCAGAUCAUAGAUGAAGAAGAAACACAAUUCAUGAGUAAUUGUCCUGUUGCAGUUACUGAGAGCACACCUAGAAGGAGGACGCGCAUUCAAGUGUUUUGGACGGCUCCUCCUACUGGCACAGGCUGUGUAAUUCUAAAAGCCAGUAUUGUGCAGAAGCGCAUCAUUUAUUUUCAAGAUGAGGGCUCUCUCACCAAAAGAAUUUGUGAACAAGACUCAGCCUCAGAAGGUGUGACUGACAAACCAAUUUUAGAUUGUUGUGCCUGUGGAACUGCCAAAUACAGGCUAACAUUUUAUGGAAAUUGGUCGGAAAAAACACAUCCCAAAGAUUUUCCACGGCGCACCAACCAUUGGUCUGCAAUCAUUGGUAGUUCUCACUCGAAGAACUACAUCCUUUGGGAGUACGGAGGGUAUGCAAGUGAAGGUGUCAAACAAGUUGCAGAGCUGGGGUCCCCAGUCAAGAUGGAAGAAGAAAUUCGACAGCAGAGCGAUGAGGUUUUAACUGUCAUUAAGGCAAAAGCGCAGUGGCCUGCCUGGCAACCUCUGAAUGUGAGAGCUGCUCCCUCUGCUGAGUUUUCUGUUGAUCGCCACCGGCACCUGAUGUCCUUCCUCACCAUGCUCGGGCCCAGCCCGGACUGGAACGUGGGCCUGUCGGCCGAAGACCUCUGUACCAAGGACUGUGGCUGGGUUCAGAAAGUUGUUCAGGAUUUAAUACCCUGGGACGCCGGCACAGACAGCGGAGUUACCUAUGAGUCGCCUAACAAACCUACAGUUCCUCAAGAGAAGAUCAGACCACUUACAAGCUUAGAUCACCCUCAAAGUCCUUUUUAUGAUCCUGAAGGAGGCUCUAUUAAGCUGGUAGCCAGAGUUGUCAUUGAGAGAAUUGCACGCAAGGGAGAGCAAUGCAAUAUUGUACCUGAUAACAUAGAUGAUAUUGUGGCAGACCUAGCACCAGAAGAAAAAGAAGAAGAUGACACCCCUGAGACCUGCAUAUAUUCAAACUGGUCCCCGUGGUCAGCCUGCAGCUCUUCUACCUGUGAAAAGGGCAAGAGGAUGAGGCAGAGGAUGCUUAAAGCUCAGCUGGACCUCAGUGUGCCAUGUCCAGAUACCCAAGAUUUUCAGCCGUGCAUGGGUCCAGGCUGCAGUGAUGAAGAUGGUUCCACUUGCAUGAUGUCUGACUGGAUUACAUGGUCCCCCUGUAGUGUUUCCUGUGGAAUGGGAACGCGAUCUAGAGAGAGAUAUGUAAAACAAUUCCCUGAAGAUGGCUCUAUGUGCAAAGUGCCUACUGAAGAGACUGAGAAAUGUGUUGUAAAUGAGGAAUGUUCCCCUAGCAGCUGCCUUGUCACUGAAUGGGGAGAGUGGGAUGAAUGCAGCGCUAGCUGUGGCACAGGAAUGAAAAGGCGACACAGAAUGAUCAAGAUGACUCCUGCUGAUGGAUCUAUGUGCAAGGCAGAAACUACAGAGGCAGAGAAAUGCAUGAUGCCUGAAUGCCAUACUAUUCCCUGCCUACUCUCCCCAUGGUCUGAAUGGAGCGACUGUAGCGUAACGUGCGGAAAGGGAAUGCGCACCCGGCAAAGAAUGCUGAAAUCUGCAGCUGAGCUUGGAGACUGCAAUGAGGAACUGGAGCAAGCAGAAAAAUGCAUGCUGCCUGAAUGCCCCAUCGACUGUGAGCUAACGGAGUGGUCCCAGUGGUCCGAAUGCAAUACCUCCUGUGGAAAGGGCCACAUGAUCAGGACAAGAAUGAUUAAAAUAGAACCACAGUUUGGAGGAACAGCUUGCCCAGAAACUGUCCAACGUACAAAAUGUCGAGUAAGGAAAUGCCUGAGAGGCCCAGGGAUGGAGAAAAGGCGCUGGAAAGAAGCUCGGGAGAAAAGAAGAAGUGAACAAGCAAAAAAAAAUAUUGAUAGCGAGCAAUAUCCAGUUUGUAGGCUGAAACCAUGGACUGCUUGGACAGAAUGUUCUACGCUCUGUGGAGGUGGAAUUCAGGAACGCUACAUGAUGGUAAAGAAGAGAUCCAAAAGUACUCAGUUUACGAGCUGCAAAGACAAAAAGGAGCUAAGAGCAUGUAAUGUUCAUCCUUGUUAGCAAAACAAGGCUUCCAAGUGAUGCACUCUGAGCUAAAUGGAAAGUCAACCUUGGUUUGGUUUUUACAACAACAAAAAAAUAUACAAAGUGUAUAUUAGUUUUCAUUUUUGCAGUGUGGUUUGCUUUUUAGUCUUGCUGGUGCAAGAAAUAUAUUUUAUAAAUAUUUCCUCACAGAUUAAGGCUGAGAGUAAAUCUUUGAUACUCCAGCUAGCCCUUAAUGCAUAAAAAUAGUAAGUCAUUGUGAGUCAUUUAACUGAAAUACAGACAUACCUGUGGACAUGGAAUAGCCAUAUAGAAAUACUACUUGUAAAGACAUGGGCUGCAUGCAUAUUAACAUAACUAAGUUAAAGUGACAUGUUUCAUAUGUGGGAGGAUUUCUCUCUUGAUCUGAUUUUGAAAAUCCAAAGCAGUGCCUAUGUGAUUACACAACUAUGCCAAGGAAUAAUUUCAGUAAUGCUGGUUCAAUCAUAUUAAAGGUGCAUGUUUAUCUUUUUACACUAUUGGGUUAAGCUAAUAGUUAUAAUAAUUAUCCUAUAUCCCUUUGUUCACAUGGAUGUUGUGUUCCAUGCAAAGCAGUCUUUGUUUCUUUAAAACUUAAAUAAUCUGUGCAGCUCAAUAGUGCCGUCUGCCCACUACAUAGUCACAGCACACAAAGAAAACGUGACUGUCGUAAUGUAUUUAGAUGCCAUAUUCCUGUGUUUGGUCUACCCACUCUUGCUCAAAAUGCUUACAGAACUAAUAAAAAUUGGUCCAAACACAGAGAGUCACAGUAGCUGUAUCAUGGUAAGGUUUCCAUGUGGAAGACGCUAAAAACUAGAUUCAGUUUCAUGAUAAUGUUGCUCACAAAUGAAGAGAGAAAGAGGAUUUUGAUAUAAUAAAAACAGUAGAGAAAAAGUGAGACAGGUUCUCUUACAUCCCUUAUUGCAAACAAAUGGAAGGGAACCUCUGAAGUGACAAAAUCACACUCAUAGAAACAAAAUUUAAAAUCAAUACAAUAAUAUAUUUACAGCAGCGUCAUUUAUGUUGUUGUGUUUUGUUUUUACUCAGAGUUUAGGUGGACCUAAAAAAUAGUAAAUUUGUGAGUAUUACACAUUUGUGUUUGUACCAGCCAGGAUCAAUGUCUUCCUUGGCCAUUUAAGCAAUCAGCAAACUGCCUGAGAUUAGAAAACAGAGCUCCUCACCACUCUAAUUGCUUUUGCUAUUUUAUGCCAUCUUCUGAAGAGUUUAGCUCUUAUCCCUACACGUAGACCAGUGAGAUCUUGAGCUUCACUUGGUAUUGGAAUAUAAUACUCUCCUCUAUGUUUAACAAUUCAACAUUAAUGAUAAGAGAUGAAGGUGACAGGUUAUCUUUUUGUCCAGGAAAGGCAGCAUACACCUAUGUCUCUACAGAAAUAAUAACAAUGCACUGAAUAUAGACUGUUGAUGCUAACACUUACAACAAGCUUGAGAGAAAUGAAUGGAGAAAAUUUUAUGUUUUAGUCUCUUUAAACCAGCCUUAAAUAAUUUACUCACUUUUUUUAACACUUGAUCACAAUCCUGAGAACCCUAUGUCCAGGUUUUAAGCGUCCACAUUUGAUAUGAAACACAACUCACCGAGGCUGUUCAACUUCAUCACCACUACACUGGGAAUCUUCUCAUUAGCUCCCUGUAUCUAGAUGGGCUGGUCGCAUUACACUGAGGGCUGUUCAUCAUCAUUUCUCCACUGGACACUACAAGGGCUGCUCAGGACUUCCACAGCUGUCACAUCCCACCCCCUCAAGGUAUUUUUCUGCUUUUUUUAGGCCUGGAAUGAAAGUAGAGGUAGGGAAAUAAUGGAACCACUGCAGUGUUUAUCCUCUCCUGCCGCUGCUAAAUGAAAUGGGUGGAAGCUCAUAGUGAACCAAACCAGGAGAAAAACAAAAAAAAAGUUUCAUGCUAAAACCAAAUACUUUACAUUUUGCACAGCUUGGCACAUUUAAUAAUAGUAAUCAAGGUAGUUUGCCUCCUUGUGCCUACUGAAAAAUUUUACAGUUUUUUUUUGUCCCUACAGCACUGCCAUUACAGUGUAGCAACAGGACCGUCUCUAAGUAAUGUAUUUGUGAUCUUACCCUUCUAAUGACCAAAAAAUUUGAAUAAAAUGAAAUUCAGUGGAAUGAUAUUGAUACAGGUGGAGUAACCAGCUGAACAUAUUUCAGGUGAAGACACAGUUAGUUGCAAAGAGCUACAGUGAUUAGUGCUAGGUGCCCAGCCAGGGCAGGGUGGCACAUGCAGCCUAAAUCCAUACCCCACCUACCUUUGUGAGCUGUUUCUGCUGAGUUUGACAGAGACUUGCCCAGCUGAGGCUGAUCAUUAAUAGAAAUAAUCUUCAGCUAUGACACCUGUGACAGUGCUUUUUGUAUGCUUGGCUCAGUGAGAGCUUGGGGUGGGGGGGAGCUGAAGAAGAAAGUGGCUCUUGCAUGGAAAAAAACAUACAGUGAGUUUACAGACUAUAAUUUAUCUAAUCAUCAACACUUACCAAUUGUUCACGCUACUCCUGCAGAAUCAUGCUAGCUAUUGCAAAUAAUCAGUUAAAAAUAAUGUUAUUUUCAUUUUCAUAUUUGCUGCAGUUCAUCAAGCUGUUUUGUCUUUUAAUGACUCCCUUUGCCAAAGGCUGAAUAUUCCAAAUAUACCUGUAGGCAUGUAGGAAAUAACGUAACAUUUUUCUGAAUACGCCCACAAAAACGUCCACAAAAAAAAUAAAAGUCUGGUUUUCCUUUCACUGUGGUUCUUACCAGUUUGAUUCUCCAUGUACUUCUUCUCGUGAGGAGGCUGUUCAGUGUGAUUUCCAGUCAUUUCUCUUAGGCUCAUUAGAGUUAUGAAUGUUGGAUUCUUCCCACCUUGUUAAUACGUACAAUGACAAUGUAGAUUGCAUUUGGUCAGAAAUACGUGAUCAUUCCUACUUAGGUUCAGCUUUUCACACUGUUUUUCUGUUGAAAUGUUUUACCAGUCACUUGUCUUUAUUCUAACUUGAUACAAAAAAUAUUUAAGCUUAUUACAUUUUUUUUAAAAAAGAACAAACAAACAAAAAAAGAGGUUGAUUUUCUAUUGAGAAAAAAAAGCUCUGAUAUACAAUAUGUAGAAGUAUUGCAUUGUUACUGUAAACUUUCUAGUAGUGUAAUAGCCACUGAUUAUCAGUCAAUAAAAAUGAGAACUGUUCUCUCUCUUCUCUCAUGAAUAAUACUGCUGAACUGAAAGCACAGGUAUCACUUCCGUUUUGUAGACCUCAACUAUCAGAUUUUAGCAUUGUGCGUAUGUUAUUUUUUUCUAACAUACAGACUGUAGAAGCUUUACACAUAAUAAAAAGUUAGGGGCUUAACAAAUGUACAGUAGGACUCUGUGUGUGCAGCAUACAAUUUAAAACAUUUUUUUUUGGAUCGCAUUUUUAGAUUUCCUUCAUGGUUUUUGUUUGCUGUGGAAUUAUGAAAAAGCUACCAUGAAUAUUUCUUACCAAAGUCUUGUGUAGAUGUUUUGUAGCUGUCUGGCUAACACAUUAUUAUUUUGGAAUAAAGACAUCUUUACUAUUAAA